UCCUUCCUUCAUUCCUUGUACCAGUCUGACCGAGAACACGAAAUGGCGACGAACUGUGCCAGAAAAUCUCUGCGAUUAGCUUCAUCUUCUUCCAAAACCCUAUUUUCUCGUCGAUCUUCUUCUUCAAAUGCCAAUAAAUUCAACGCCUCUUCUUUUCAAACUUCACCUCAAAAACGCUCACUCUCCUACUCCUGGUUACCGGUGCAGUUGGCUGGUGCACAAGUAUCGUUGACGCCAUUGCAUAGUGUUACUGCUUCUGCAUUGUUCACUUCUCUCUUAUCUUUGCAUAAUAACAGCUGGGGUUGUCUUUCAGAAGGUUUUGCAACACCUUUAUAACAUGCGGAUGAUAUCUUUGCUUUUAGGCCAUCCAUCCAGAUACUGUUAGGUGCAUCUUUUGUUUCAAUACUUGUUUCUAGUGGAUGCCGUGAUCAAUAAUGUAACUUGAUUAUUUUUUAUUUAUUUACUGAGACUCUCAGGUGCAGUCGUUCUGUUUACAUUUACAAGGUGUUUUCCUGUUUGAA